AUUAGAACUAUCUAAAAUGUUAAAUUAUCAAGGCUAAGUGUAAAAUAUCAUUUUUAUUAAUGGUGUCUAAUACUAUAAAUUAGAAAAACUUGGACAAGGAAAAGAAGGUAUUGUGAUUAAGGGACAAAAUACCUAAACGAAAGAAUUUGUGGCUAUUAAAGAAUACUAAACAACCAAUCAAAAUGAAUUAAAAGCAAUUAAAGCAAUUUAUGCAAAGAAUUUCAGCCAUAUAAUUGGGAUAAAAAACGUAUAAUAAAUUUAGAAUUAAGCUUCAAGAAUUAUUAUGGAGUUUGCUGAUGGAGAUUUCUACAAAUAUAUGUCAACAUAAGAUUAUAAAGGAUUAACCUAUGAUCAAAAAAAUUAAUAUUUUAUAUAAGUAAUACAACAAUAUUAUUUUAUUUUAGAUGGUGUAAGGUGUUGAUUAAUUUCAUGAUUUGGGAUUAUUUCAUAGAGAUUUAAAACCAGAAAACUUUGUAUAUAUUAAUUAGCCAAACAAUCAAAAAAUUAUUAAAUUGAUUGACUUUGGUUUAGUUAAAGAAACUGAAAAUAAUAAGAAUUAGACCCAACAAGCAGGAACACUAAUUUAUAUGGCACCAGAAGUGAUAAAAAAAAUAGAAAACUAUUUUUAUGACAAAUCAGUUGAUAUUUGGUCUUUGGGAGUAAUUUGGUAUGAAAUUUUAACAGGAUAAACAUUAUUUAGUGGUAAUUUUAAUUGAUAUAAUCUUAGGUAAUAGUGAAAAAGAAAUAUUUAAAUAAAUCUUAAAUAGUAGCUAAUAAUAAAUUGAUUAACUAAUUUAAAAUAAUCAAUAUAUACAAAUAAAAGAAAAAGAAUUAAUCAAAAGGAUGCUUAGAAAAAUACCAGAAGAAAGAAUAUAAUUGAAAGAAUUAAUUGCAAUUUAUAUUUAAUAGAAAAAAUAAUUUCCAUUUUAACAACUUCCAAUCCAAUAAAAUUAGUUAUUCGAGAAAGAAAAAAAGAAAUAGGAGGAAACAGAAAAGAUAUAAUAAGAAUUAAAAAAGAAGAUGAAAGUAGAAUAUGAAUUAAAAAUGAUAGAGUUUGAAUUAAAGAAGGAAGAAGAAAUGGCGUAAAUAAAAAGAGAAAUAGAAAAGAAAAAAGAAGAAGUGUUGACUAAUAAAAUGUAAAAAAUUGAAGAAGAACAGAAAAAAGAAUUAGAAGAGUAAAUUAGAAAAAAAAAAAGAGAAUUAAAAUAAUUACAAGAUAAAGUUCAAUAAUAGGAAAAAGAUAAAGAAUAGUUGGCUUAAAUGAAAAUUUAAUAAGAAAUAAAGUUUUAAAAUGAAAUUGAUUAUUUCAAAAAAAAGUAAGAAGAAGAAUAAUAACAACAGAUUGAACAAUAUUUAUUUAUGGCAAUAUAGGAAAAAGAAGAGGAAAUUAAAUAAAAAUUUGAAAGUAAGGAAAAAUGGAUUAAAGAAUAAGUAGAAAUAGAUGUUUAAAAAAAAUAUUUACUAGAAUACUCAAAGAAAGUAAUUGAAUUGGAAAAAAAACAACAAUAAGAAAAUUUAAAAUAAUUAGAAGAAAAAUAAUAAUCCUUACUUAUUCUAUUGUAAUCUUAGUAAAAUACAAUAUAAAUGUUUAUCUCAAACUUAAAAUAAAAAUUAUAGUUUAUAAAGGAUUUAGAUACAUAAGUUUAAAUAAAAAAUUAAUUAAUAAAUUUCAUAGAAAAUGAACUUAAAAAAUAAGAGGAAAAAGUUAAAUAAAAUGAACAGAGAUAAUUAACUAUUUAAUAAGCUUUUUAAUUAGAGUAAAUUAACGGAUAGGAUAAUAAAAUAUCUUUAGAAAUUUCAUCAGAUAUAUAAGAAUAAAAUAACGUUAAUAAUUAAAUUACAGAACAAUAAAGGUUACUUGAAAAGUAGGUAAAUGAUAAAGAAAAGAUUGAAUAAUAGCGAAAAGAACAGUAGAAACAAAAAGAACAAUUAAAUUAAGAAAAACAAAAAAUUUAAUUAUAAUUUACUAAUAUAAAUUAAAAAUGUGAUUCCUUUUAAGAAAAUAUUUUUUAAUUUUAGGAAAAAAUUAAGUUUUAUGAGAAAAUUUAAUAUUAAAUAUAAGGGCUAGAAAAACUUCAAGAAGUUAUCGGAUAAUAUUAAAAAAUUAUUUAAGAUUUUUAAGUCUUAUAAUAAUAAGAAAAUAAUAUUAAUUAUUUUGAGUUAUCUUAGCAAAUUAUUACUUAUUAAUCUUUUAAUAUUAAGGUUGAAGAAAUUUAAUAAUCAUAAAAUAGACUUAAAAAUUAAAUUGAUGAAACAAAUAAAUUUAUUGAAUUAAUUGAUAACAAAUUUAUUGAUGAAUAACGUAUUUAACUAGAUGAUUUAGCUAAUAAUUUAAAUGAUUACUAAGAUAAAUUUAAAUAUCUGUCUAAGGAUUAAAAAUAUAAAAAUAAAAUUGAUUAAAUAAUUUCUAAAAUAGGAAAUUGUUUUAAUUAAUUAAAUUAUUGGCAUUAAUAAUUAGCUGAAGAAAAAUUAAAAAACUAUCAAUAGUUCAUUCAAAUGAUAGAGUCAAUUAAUCAAGAUUUAAAUGAAUUUUCAAAAUAAUAUAAUUAAUUGCAUGAAUAAAUCUAUCAAGAUUAAUAAAUUGAAUAACAAAAUUCUGAAAGAAAAAAAAAAUUAACAAAUAUUGAAGGAUAAAUAAAAGAAUUUAUUGAUAAAAUGAAUUCACUAAAAACUUAGAUAAAUAAUUUAAUUAACAAUCAAUAUUGUAACAAUGAAUACACUAGGAAUUUAAUAAUUGAAAAAUAAAGAAAAAUUGAUUAAAAUAUCUAUUAAAUUCUAGAACAAUUUAAUAAUUUUAAAGGAUUUAAUUAAUUAAUAUCCUAUGAAAUUAAAAAUCAAAUAAUAUAUUUGGAAUAAUUUUAAGAGAAACUAAAAAAAUUACAUGAUGAUGAAUUAGAACAAGUUAAUUAAUUAUAAUUAGUAAUUUAAAAUAUUGGAGCUGAAAACAAAAGUGGAAUAGAAAAAGAAUUACUACAAUUAACUAAUGAAUUAUAAUAAAAAUAUAUGAAAUUUACAAAAGCACUUUAAUCAGUCAAUAUUGAUUAAGAUAAAAUUCAAUAUAUUCAAAAAAUUAAGGAAAAAAAAGAAGAUUUGUAUAAUUAAUUGAUAUAGGAAAUAGAAACCUUAUAGAAAUAUUACAAUAUUAAUUAACAUAAUUAGCAGUUAUUUAAUAAAGAAUUAUAACCUUUCUUAACAAAAUAAAAAUAAUCCAGCAAAUUGGAAAAAAUACUAAAAAGAUUAUAAAAUUAUAAUUAAGAGAAAACCUAAUAAUUAGAAAGAAUACUUAGUAAUGUACAGAAUAAACCAUAUGAAUUUUAAUUUUAAAAUAUGGAUAAAUUUGAUAAAUAUGUAAUUUUAAAAUAAAAAGAAGAACAAUUAUCAUUAGAAAUAAAUAGCAUAAUUUUAUAAGAAUAAAAUUAACAAUAAAAAAAAAAAUUAAUGAUUUAAAUUCUUAAAUAGANGGUAAAUGAUAAAGAAAGGAUUGAAUAAUAGCAAAAAGAACAGUAGAAACAAAAAGAACAAUUAAAUUAAGAAAAACAAAAAAUUUAAUUAUAAUUUAAUAACUUAAAAUAAAAAAGUGAUUCGUUUUAAGGAAAUAUUUAAAAAUUUUAGGACAAAAUUAAGUUUUAUGAGAAAAUUUAAUAUUAAAUAUAAGGGUUAGAAAAACUUUAAGAAGUUAUCGGUUUAUAUUAAAAAAUUAUUUAAGAUUUUUAAGUCUUAUAAUAAUAAGAAAAUAAUAUUAAUUAAUUUGAGUUAUCUAAGCAAAUUAUUACUUAUUAAUCUUUUAAUAUUAAAGUUGAGGAAAUUUAAUAAUCAUAAAAUAGACUUAAAAAUUAAAUUGAUGAGACAAAUAAAUUUAUUGAAUUAAUUGAUAACAAAUUUAUUGAUGAAUAACGUAUUUAACUAGAUGAUUUAGCUCAUAAUUUAAGUGAUUACUUAGAUAAAUUUAAAUAUCUGUCUAAGAAUGAAAAAUAUAAAAAUAAAAUUGAUUAAAUAAUUUCUAAAAUAAAAAAUUGUUUUAAUUAGUUAAAUUAUUGGCAUUAAUAAUAAGCUGAAGAAAUAUUUAAAAAUUAUAAAUAGUUCAUUCAAAUGAUAGAGUCAAUUAAUCAAGAUUUAAAUGAAUUUUCAAAAUAAUACAAUUAAUUACAUGAAUAAAUCUAUCAAGAUUAGUAAAUUGAAUAACAAAAUUCUGAAAGAAAAAAAAAAUUAACAAAUAUUGAAGGAUAAAUAAAAGAAUUUAUUGAUAAAAUGAAUUCACUAAAAACUUAGAUAAAUAAUUUAAUUAACAAUCAAUAUUGUAACAAUGAAUACACUAGGAAUUUAAUAAUUGAAAAAUAAAGAAAAAUUGAUUAAAAUAUCUAUUAAAUUCUAGAACAAUUUAAUAAUUUUAAAGGAUUUAAUUAAUUAAUAUCCUAUGAAAUUAAAAAUCAAAUAAUAUAUUUGGAAUAAUUUUAAGAGAAACUAAAAAAAUUACAUGAUGAUGAAUUAGAACAAGUUAAUUAAUUAUAAUUAGUAAUUUAAAAUAUUGGAGCUGAAAACAAAAGUGGAAUAGAAAAAGAAUUACUACAAUUAACUAAUGAAUUAUAAUAAAAAUAUAUGAAAUUUACAAAAGCACUUUAAUCAGUCAAUAUUGAUUAAGAUAAAAUUCAAUAUAUUCAAAAAAUUAAGGAAAAAAAAGAAGAUUUGUAUAAUUAAUUGAUAUAGGAAAUAGAAACCUUAUAGAAAUAUUACAAUAUUAAUUAACAUAAUUAGCAGUUAUUUAAUAAAGAAUUAUAACCUUUCUUAACAAAAUAAAAAUAAUCCAGCAAAUUGGAAAAAAUACUAAAAAGAUUAUAAAAUUAUAAUUAAGAGAAAACCUAAUAAUUAGAAAGAAUACUUAGUAAUGUACAGAAUAAACCAAAUGAAUUUUAAUUUUAAAAUAUGGAUAAAUUUGAUAAAUAUGUAAUUUUAAAAUAAAAAGAAGAACAAUUAUCAUUAGAAAUAAAUAGCAUAAUUUCAUAAGAAUAAAAUUAACAAUAAAAAAAAAAAAUUAAUGAUUUAAAUUCUUAAAUAGACUCAUUAAUGUAAUAAAUUCCUGAUUAUAAUUAAAUUUAAGAAAUCAAAAAUGAAUAUUAAAAAAAUGCAGAAUAAUUUGAAACUUUAAAUGCUUUAGUUAAUUAUAUAAUGUAGUAUCACUUAACAAGAUAUUUUGAGAGAAUUAAAGAAAAUGCAUAGAAAUUGAAAAAGAACUAACAACGUAUAUAGGAAGGCAGUUAUAUUAAUGCCUUUAAAGAAAAAUAAAGUGAAUAAAUGGAAGAUAUCAUUAAAAAAGAGAAGGAAACUUAAGAUUUAUUAUAGACAUAUUAAAAUAUUCUCUUUAAAAAUUACUCUAAGAAGCUGAUUGAUGAAAUGGAAAGAGAUUAUUAGUAAAUUAAGAGCGAAAUUGAAAAAUAAGAAAAUUUAAUAAAAUAAAAAAAUUUAGUAAAACUAAGAGCUUCAAUUAAAGACUAGAGAAUUAUCAAAGAAAUUAUAAACGAUAAUUAAUAUUAUAAGAUUACAGAAUUUUCUUAGAUGCUAAUUUUUUAAAUAAUAUUAAAAAAGACAAAUGUAUGA